UCUGACGUGUGGGCUGAUUUUACGACGGUGUGCUUACACAAUGACAGUUUCCGUCAGUUUGACUUGCAGAUAGCAGCGACCGCGUUGAACCAGCUUUUUUUUCCUCCCCCCCUCCCCGUUUCCACUUUGGGUUGAAACGACAGUUACAUCCUUUCAGAAUACCCACCAGAAUCGAUGAUGUACUGGAUGAAGGCAGGGGCUUAGUUUUAUACGACUAUAAGCUGUAUUUACGGUAGCUAAACUCUGCAGUUCCAGUUUGAGGCCCAGCGGAGAACUCGAGCGGCGGCUCGAAAAAGUUUGUUGUUGUCACGUGACGCGAGACGAAUGUGGCGAUAAAAGUUUGCUUAGAUAGUAAAUAUAGGUGGCGUACUACAUUUUUCAAAGACCUACUCAACACCGUUUUUCACUACAAUGCCUCAACCGAAAUACAGAAAGAUCGCCGUUAUAGGUUACCGGUCUGUAGGAAAGUCAUCCCUUACAAUACAGUUUGUGGAAGGGCAGUUUGUCGAUUCCUAUGACCCCACCAUUGAAAACACCUUUAACAAAAUGGUCAGUGUGAAUGGUCAAGACUUCAAUCUUCAGCUAGUUGAUACAGCUGGACAAGAUGAGUACUCAAUUUUUCCACAAUCCCACUCAAUGGACAUCCAUGGCUAUGUCCUUGUCUAUUCAGUGACUUCCAUGAAGAGUUUUGAAGUUGUGCAGGUUCUACAUGAUAAACUGCUAGACAUGGUUGGGAAGAUUCAGGUCCCAACUGUUCUUGUAGGGAACAAAAAAGAUCUCCAUAUGGAAAGGGUUAUCAAGCCAGAGGAGGGAAAAAAACUUGCUGAUUCCUGGGGUGCUGCAUUCAUGGAGUCCUCAGCCAAGGAAAACGAGACUGCUGUGGAGGUUUUCAAGCGGAUCAUUUUGGAGAUGGAGAAAGCUGAUGGCAAUGCUCCCCCAGAGGAGAAGAAGUGCAUUGUGAUGUGAAAGUGUAUCCAACACAUCAGUAAGCUAACUUACUGAAGACAGGAGGCACAACUUCACCAGCUUGCCAAUCGUGACCUCACCGACACCAAGACACAGCGGUGGAACUUUUCUGCUUCAUUGUGAUGUUAGAUUAAUUUACAUAGCAAAGCAACUGCUCAGACAGUUGAGAAACUGAGACAGAAGUUUCUAAGACAAGGAUUAAACUCUGUUUUAAACAAAGCAGCAUCUUCGAUGAACACCACCUUCCAAUAUUGAAAUGUAAGCUACGUCUGGGCAUAAUCUUGAUUUUUCUUUUUUCUUUUUUUCUUUUUUUUGAGUUGAGUUGAGCAAAAUCCUCGGAAAACAAAAUUAGACAUUCAGAUUUGUUGCUUCAUGUUGAUUGCAUCAUUUCCCCCCUAAUCUUUGAGAAAUCACUGGCAUAUGCCUUAUUACUCUCCAGUGAUGGCUGGUUAAUGGUCUUUCCGAGGACUGGUGUAUUACUUCAGCUGGUCUUUUUUGGCAUCGAUGCAGAGUCGCAGUUCACAUUGCUUUAAAUGUGGUGUUAAAGUGUUAUUGUUUCUUACAAAUGGUGGGUUUCUUUGGAUAGCCUAUACUGACAUUGUACAUUAGAUAUCCCACUGUGGUUUCACAGUCCUCACUGUAAUAACUUUGUCUCCUCAUCUUCAGGUACCUUUCACUAAUGAACUGUGGGGCUGUAUCUUUAUGACAAGAGAAGUCUGUUAUAUAUUCAAAUAUUUGACAACUCACAUCUUAGGUUCUGAUAAACAGACUGUCAUUGUUUCUACAUUUUAAUUUCUGAUUAACUGUAAUAAAGAUGUUAUGGACAGCACUCAGAGAGAUUUAGGAUAGAUUUGAGUAGAUCUUUGCUAUUUACCACUUAUGGCCUUUUUAAAAAAAUAAAAUAAAAUAAAAAUUUAAUCUUAGAAAUUGGUUUUUGGUAUCAUUGGUUAUCUCUUGAGUGAUGCAGUUUUGCUCUCUUAAAUAUCCUAAGUAGAGUUUAUGCAUAUAUGUGCAUUGUUAAUUAUGAACAUUGAGGGUUUUUUUUUAAAUACUUUUUAACAUUGUGUAAGGUUAAGUGGCAAAAUGCCUGAGUUAGCUUAGAAUUUAUUAUUAUCUUUUUUGAUCUGGUGGUUUUGAUUUGAUGGUUCCUGUGGGUUCGAUAAAGCCAAGUCAGUAUGGUAUGCAGUCCACUGAAUUCAAACUGUGGACUUGCAUGGUUGCAGUCAGAUACUUGAGGUCCUUAAUGAUGAUGUGUUUUUUUUGUUUUUCCUCAUAGAAUCUGUAGCCUUAUGAAUAUGUGACAAACUGUGGAGCUUCUCCCCAUAAUCCCGAUGUUGUACCUUUAGUGGUUAAUUGUAACUUUUUAUCAAGUGCUGUGCUGAAUGAAUAGCUGCAAAUUGAUGACGAUGGUUGAACAGAAGCUGGUGAUGCUGUGUCUUGUGCCUUACUGUUGUUCAAACUCCCUCAUCUGCUUCCUUUCAUGACUCAAGGUGCUCUUAAAAGUAUUUUUCCCCCCUUCUGUUAACUUGACACCUUGGGUGUAGGUGUCGUACACCUGAACACCAAUAUUUCCCUAUGGGUCAAUGUUGAUUCAGAAAUCUUGCUGUAAACAGUUUUGUAUAUAAAUAAAUCUGUUACUCAUC